AUGGCGCCAAACGUGGAGGCAUAUCCACAACCCCUCCACGUUUACCAAGGCCGCACACGGUUCCUCCCGUACUGCGACUCUUCUCACACAUGUCACGCCACCACACCCAACCAGGGCCAACUCCCUCAAGGUCACAUUCUUGGGGGCUAUGACCAUGGCUUAUCUUCGCCGUUGCCUCUGCAAGUACUCCGUCCUGCCCAUGGCUCCGUACUGGCUUGCAGCCUGAUUGCCGAGGUUCCGCGACCUGUACGUGAACCUUGUAAGCGAGGGCUUCUCGAUGGGUCUUCUGGUUCUCCAACUCCAACGCCUCCGAGAUUCGUUCCGCCGCCAGAAACUCAAGUGCUUGGAGCAGCAAAGAUGCAAAUCGCACGCAGAUUCUCCAUUACAAACUUCGCCAUCGCGACUUCAGCACUCGCCUUUCAAGUCUUUGUUCUGUAUCCGUGGCACAACAAACUCGACCAAGAAUUCAAGGAACUCAAGGAGGAGAACAUCCGGCUGUUGCAAAAGGUAGAAGUCGGCCGUUCUGAACAGCUCAAGGAAAUCAGGGAAGCAUUCACUCGUGCGAGAGCGACCUAG